AGAUUGGCUAUCGAUGAUGACGAAGCUUUUUUACUUUGUCUUUAGGUGGAUAUUUCGCGGCUGGCAGGAACGAUACCGCAGAAAUAGGCCCCGUAACGUACUCUUUACACAAAUAUGAUGAACGGUUGGGAGGGGGCAUUUUGGGCCCUUCCUCCCUGUCUGAAGGGAGGAAGCGGAAGGAAUUGCAAAUCUCCAGGAAUGGCUUUCUUCAGCGGAAACACACACACAAACAAACAAACAAGCAUAUAUGAGUGGAUAGCAGCAGCAUCAUUGUGCAUAUUAUAUUGCAUUGUUGCCCCCUUUCGUUGUUUUUUUAACACACCUUUUUUUUUAUUUUUUUAUCAUCCAUAGCCUCGAGUCAACUCCCUCCGU